GUCGAAACGAGAGUUCACGAAUUUGAGCUGAGAUUUCGCGCCAAAUUUUGCAUUGGCUGAUCAGGGAGUCUGGUUAGGUAAUCUUGUAAGGUUUGAGUGUAUUUACACCUCAUCAUGUCAUCGUUUGCCAGUUCUGGAGACUGGCCUGAGAACUUCAAGCAGUUGAAGACCAUAGACGACCUGCUGCGCUGCCCGAUCUGUUACGAGUACUUUGACAUCACCAUGAUCAUUCCUCAGUGUUCACACAACUACUGUUCCCUGUGUAUCAGAAGAUAUUUAAAUUACAAGACCCAGUGUCCAAC